CAUGUUGGCGAUUUCCUGAAAAGUUGGUUGGCAGUAACGUCGUAUUGUUUAAUUUAAGUUUAUUUACAUGUUCUUUCAGUUCAUAAGUAUAUGUACAAUCUAUUAGAUAUAAUAAUAGUUCAGUUACUUAGGUACUGACACGGAAUGCAUAGCCUAAACCGUCGAAAAUAGGACUAUGAUAUUUAAAACAUAGAUAUUUUAUUUUAUACUUAAAACAUUUAUUUUAAGCUCGAAAACGAAAGCAUUUUUAAUUUUACUCAUAAUGGGUUGAAAAUAGGGUUCAAUGUUUCUCAAAUUUUAACGUGACUAAAGUGGAGUGGAAUUUAAUGUGUAUUUUUUGUCACAUUAUAAGGCCACAAUAUUGUUUUUUAGGGACCCGUACCCAAAGGGUCAAACGGGACCCUAUUACUGAGACUCCGCUGUCCGUCCGUCCGUCUGUCACCAGGCUGUAUCUCAUGAACUGUGAUAGUUAGCCAGUUUAAAUUUCUACAGAUUAUGUUUUUCUGUUGCCGCUAUAACAACGAAUACUAAAAACAGAAUAAAAUAAAUAUUUCUUUCCAAUCUCGAGGUUCUCAUCCAAUAACCGAAGUUAAGCAACGUCGGGCGGGGUCAGUACUUGGAUGGGUGACCGUUUUUAUAGAUAAUGGUACGGAACCCUUCCUGUGCCAGUCCGACUCGCACUUGGUCGAUUUUUUAAGCAUAUUUCACCUAUACCUGCCCACCUACUCGGUUCAUAUUCGCUUGCCAGCCAACACGGCUUUAUACUUGAUUAAACUUUAAUAUACACUGCAGAAUCUCAAGGCCAGAAGUCCUUGUAAUGCUUGUUUAAUUUUUAUUAAUUAACAUCCUGAACAAUUCCAAUUGUUAAAGUACUUUUCCCUGUUGCAGCUAAGCGUGACGUUUCGUAACGUAAUGCUUUAACUAUAAUACAAGACAAUGCUUUAUGUCACUUCCAUUUUAGACAGUUCGUUAAGACAACUCACAAGAACAGCACAACAAUCCGGAGUGACUUUAGAUUGGAAAAACAUUCUAAGUAACAUCGACAUAAUUACUAACAAAGAGCGUUUUCAUUUGUGCCAAUGGCGGGGGUGCUUUUUAUCGUUAAUAUACCAUGUAAAGAACACGAAGAAGACUUAAGAGAGAAAGUUAAAUCCUCAAAACUCUUAAUAGAAAAAGAAAAAUACGAGCACACGUCAAAAAUAAUCCGCGAGCUUAAGAAAAACAAAAAAUUCGGAAGUUUAGCUUUCGAAUCGUAUACAUACGGAGAAAAUGGGUUGCAGAAUUGUAAGUCGAUGGAAUGUGUGAACGGUAAUAGUGAUUACGGUUUAGUGAAGUCUAAGAGUGAUAAUAUGUUGAAUGAGAGUUUUAAGUGGGAUGCGGGGAGCCAGUUCGAUAGGAAGUCUUGGAGAGUGAAGCAGGCGGUAAGGUUGCGGAAGAGGAAGCUGCGGAUUUCACGGCCUCUCUGCAUCACGGACGUACUGACUGCUUUUCAUUGGGACACGCCUCUUGAGCUGAUUCUGUUCGAGGUUCUCACACAACUUGGAAUUGAUAACGCAACCUGGACAUCUACUAGAGGCGAUAAGUACUGGAAGGUACUAUUUUCCUUGGAAUCCAGCGACGUGUGUGAAGAGCUCCUCCAAGUUCUGGGGAAGUUUGGCAUCGGCUCCCGUUUCCAGUCCUCCGUGAGCUUGGUUCCUUGCGCACUCCAUUUUAAAGCCGCCGAUACUGAUUUGCCGCGUAAUGGCAGUGAGGAAUUUAGAAGUGCCGACGCGUCCGCCUGGGCCCGUUUCUCCUCGUCCGUGCGCGCCCGCACGAACUUAGCCCAAGUUCUUCACGACGUACGAGCAGAGGCCGCGCUGACUUUUGAUUGGCUGUUCCUGCUGCUCGUGGCUGCCUUCUUAGCAGCCAUUGGACUAGCAGAGAACUCCACUGUCAUACUAGUCGCUAGUAUGCUUAUUUCGCCACUCAUGGGCCCAAUAACAGCGGGCACACUGGGCACGGCCGUCCGUGACCGCACGCUGCAGCAGAUGGGCGUGCUACAUGAACUGCUGGGGCUGUUCCUUGCGUUGGUUGUCGGCUUCCUCUUUGGUCUUACCAUCUCCGCCGUGGACGAACGCUAUGGAGUCGGCGAGUGGCCUACGAAUGAGAUGAUGUCGAGGUGUGAGAUCCGCUCGCUGUGGGUAGGCGUGCUGGUAGCGAUACCCAGCGGCGCUGGGGUGGCACUCGCCGUGCUCGGGGAAUACACCGCUUCUCUGGUUGGCGUGGUCAUCUCCCUGUCGCUGCUGCCGCCUGCAGUUAACGCUGGAUUGUUAUGGGCGAUGGCGCUAGUUCACCUGAUAUUCGCGGACGACCAGAAUUUUACCGGUGUUGUGACGACAUUCUACUACAGCAACGACCAGCCCACUGAACUGGCGAUUCUUGGUUCGGUGUCGCUGUGUUUCACACUCGUCAAUAUUGCUUGCAUAUUCCUUGCAGGUGUCGCUGUUUAUAAGAUUAAAGAAGUAUGUCCCCUGGAUGGACGAGACAUUUUAUGGUGGAAAGCUAAUCGCCAUUCACAGAGGUCCCAGAAGCAGAAUAUUCUGAAGAAAAACAACAAUAUAUCGUGGGAAGAAUACAGCAAUUGGUCGAACGAGUGUUCUAAAAAGGAUCAGCAGGAACAAGACGGGAAGGGGCCGAUAAUAUCGCCGGUUCAGAGUGACACGGUCACCUACAGGCGAGAGACACCUGCCAUUCGGCGCAUGAGGGCUCAAAAUAUAGAGGAUUAUUGCAUCCAGAAAGAACAGUUCAAUUCAAUGCCCCAAAAUUAUGAACAAAAUAUUGAAGAUGGAAAGCACAUCUACAGCAGCAUAGAUAGUAUUACGCCAAAAACAGAUAUAUCAGACAUACGCAUAUCCAACAACAUACAGAGCGAAAACUUCUUCAAUAAAAACUGUAUUACAGAUCUCGAUAACAUUAAUAGCUUCUGUAACGCUGGUUUUGAAGAGCCAGAAAACUAUCAAAAGGAAAACUUAGAACGUGAACAAGGUGAACUAUCGUCGAUGCCUAUUAUAGAACCAUCUUCGAAUCACACGGUGGACGCAAAACAGCUGGUGGUUUUAGCUAGUAAGUCUUAUAAUGUUUGAAUAUGUUGUAAUAAUAUUAGUAUUAAAUUAUAUUCGAAAUCGAAA